UUUGCAAUACUCCGGCCACCCCGUGCAUGUGUCACUCACGUUGUUGCCCAUUCCCAUUAGGUUGGGACUGGGACAAAUUUUGUCCCCUCGAAUCGGGAUCUAAUUUUUUCUCGUUUUAAGUAAUCGGCUUCCAAAAAAACGAUGGCCGAGGGUAACGGGGACGCAGCGACGGUGGAGCCCAUGGACGAGUCGAGCGCGACGGAACACAGUGCCGACUACGCCAAGCUUGUGGGCCACGGGCUUCAGGAGAAAGUGGCUGCUCAGCUGGAUGCCAUCUUCCAGACGGGCAAGCUGGCCUACGCCGACUUGGACGAGCGCGCGCUGGACGCGCUCAAAGAAUUCCCCGCCGACGGCGCCUUGGCCGUUCUGAAGCAGUUUUUGGACAGCAGUCUGGAGCACGUGUCCAACAAAUCUGCCUACCUUUGCGGCGUGAUGAAGACGUACCGACAAAAAAGCAAGCUGCCCGGGGCGUCGGGCUCGGGCGCCAACAAGGGCCCGGACGAGGAGAAGAUCCGCGCCAUUCUCGACCGUACGGGCUACUCGCUGGACGUGACGACGGGUCAGCGCAAGUACGGCGGUCCACCCCCCGGCUGGACGGGACCGCAGCCGAGCAGCGGCUGCGAGGUGUUUGUCGGCAAAAUCCCCAAGGACAUGUUCGAAGAUGAGCUCAUACCCCUGUUCGAAAAGUGCGGGAAGAUCUGGGAUCUUCGGCUCAUGAUGGAUCCGCUCUCGGGCCUCAACCGAGGCUACGCCUUCAUCACUUUCUGCAACCGCGAGGGCGCCCACAACUCUGUACGCGAGCUGGACAACCACGAAAUCCGGAAGGGCAAAUACAUUGGGGUCACCAUCUCAAUCAACAAUCAUCGGCUUUUCGUGGGCAACAUCCCAAAGAACAGGGGCAAGGAGGAGCUGUUUGAAGAAUUCUCCAAACAUGCACCGGGCCUGACAGAGGUGAUCAUCUACAGUUCACCUGACGACAAGAAAAAGAACAGAGGCUUCUGCUUCCUGGAGUACGAGUCACACAAGGCAGCCUCGCUGGCCAAGCGCCGCCUGAGCACAGGCCGCAUUAAGGUGUGGAGCUGUGACAUCAUAGUGGACUGGGCAGACCCACAGGAGGAGCCUGAUGAGGAGACAAUGGCCAAAGUGAAGGUCCUGUACGUUCGCAACCUGACAGCGGAUGUGACGGAAGAGAAGCUCAAAGAGCUGUUUGAGGCACAUGGCCGGGUGGAGCGGGUCAAAAAGAUCAAGGACUACGCAUUUGUGCACUUCGAAGAGCGGGACCACGCUGUGCAUGCCAUGGAGCAGCUUCAGGGCAAGGACUUGUGCGGGGCCCCCAUGGAGGUCUCGCUGGCCAAGCCCCCGUCAGACAAGAAGAAGAAGGAGGAGGUGCUGCGCAACCGGGAACGUCGCAUGAUGCAGAUGAUGCAGCAACGCAUAGUGGACGUGUCGGACUACCGCAUGAUGGGCUGCAUGCCCCCGCCGCCGCCCCUUCGGGGGCCCCGGGGCGGCGGGGGCGGCCGGGGCCCCCCCGUGGGUCCCAGGAGCUACGAUUACGACUAUGACUACUAUGGGUAUAGCGACUACCGGGGCGGCUAUGCGGAUCCGUACUAUGAGGACUAUUACGGCCGCUAUGAUGACUAUUAUGACUACGGCUACCCAGCUGCGGCACCCCCCCGUGGCCGGCCUGCUCCAGAGCGGGCUCGUGGUGGCCAGCGUGGGGUGACGCGUGGGGGGCGCGGCCGUGGGCGGGCCCCCCGCGCUCGCGCUGGCCGGGGGGCGGGCCCUGUCAGCCGUGGGGGCCGUGGGGGCGCCCCCCCCCGGGGAAGCCUGGCCGGUAAGCGCAAGUUCGACGGGGGCCACCAGAACCAGGGCGACUCGAAGCGCCGCUUCCACAACAGCAACCAGCAGCAGCAGGACGACGGGCAGCAGUGGUACCAGGACUCCUUCAAAGAGACCUGGGGCUGACCGCCACCGCCGCCGCUCGUGUGUGUGUCUUCCCGCCGCCAAGCACUCCUCCUUCUCGCGGGGGGGCCGGACUGUGAUGGACAGGCGACGUGUAACCUGACAAUGUGUGGAAAAUAAAAGUGGCCGUUUUAAAAACUC